AAUGAACUAAUCCUAAAAACUGAAUCACUAUUCACCAAUCUAUCACCUCAACUAUAAAUACGACCCGAAAAUGAAAAUACCCAAAUUUUCUCUUUCCUAAACCUUUCUCACCCGGAGGUCGGACCCGAAUUCCAUCUCGUCUCCGCGACAACAAAUCCUGCUUUUUCAGGUGCUUCACCAACAAUUCGCGUGAAAUUGGUUGCUUCAGGUCGGUAAUGUAAUAAUGGAUGUCAGAAAAUAUCCACCCUCCAAUUAUGUUCCUUCUCAUCACAUGAAGACAUCCUGCACUUUAAAUAAGCUGCCAGAAAGUCAUAAAUUUGAAGGGCGAGAGAGAGCUACUGGCCGCGCUGUUGUUGCUGAUAAGUUGCCAGAUAAUGUUUUUUUUGAAGAACAAGAAAGAGUGACGGGUAAUGCAGUUGCAGGUGCAGCUUAUGUGGAUAUUGAUCUUAGAGAAGUUUACUUCUUGAUCAUGCAUUUUUUAUCUGUUGGGCCAUGUCAAAAAACUUCUGCACAAUUUUUGAAUGAACUUAUGGAACAUCAACUCUUGCCCAGAAGAUAUCAUGCUUGGUAUUCAAGAACUCAGGUUCCCAGCGGGAGUGAGGAUGAUGACGGUGUCUCACUUCCUUUGACAUAUGACAAUUUGUUGCAUAGGUAUCCCCAUAUUGCAAAGGAUCACCUUGUUAGGCUAUUGAAACAGCUGAUGCUGCGUUCCCCUCGUCCAUCUCUUGGAAUUGGAACCGGUCCUAAUGCUGCUGAUGUUCCUACUUUGUUGGGGACUGAUUCCUUUUCUUUACUGAGUUGUGAUAGAAAUACCGAGAAGAAGCAAGUCAAGCUUCUGCCUCGUUAUUUGCGUUGGCCUCAUAUGCAGGUUGAUCAAGUUCAUGCAUUGCAUUUGAGGGCUAUUGGUGGUGGAUUUACACGGCACCAUCGUGCUGCAUCAAUUCAUGCUGCAUGUUAUGCCGUCGCAAAACCGUUAACUAUGGUGCAAAAGAUGCAAAACAUAAAGAGGCUUAGGGGCCAUCGGAAUGCUGUUUAUUGUGCUAUAUUUGAUCGUGUAGGAAGGUAUGUAAUUACUGGAUCUGAUGACCGCCUUGUAAAAAUUUGGUCAAUGGAAACUGCAUUUUGCCUGGCCAGCUGCCGUGGCCAUGAGGGGGAUAUCACUGAUUUAGCCGUAAGCUCAAACAAUGCUUUGGUGGCAUCUGCAUCAAAUGACUUUGUCAUUCGAGUGUGGCGUUUGCCAGAUGGACUUCCAAUAUCCAUAUUACAGGGCCACAGUGGUGCUGUUACUGCAAUUGCAUUUAGUCCAAGGACUGCAUACCAACUUUUAUCUUCGUCAGAUGAUGGAACUUGUAGGAUUUGGGAUGCUAGGAAUUCACAGUUGAAGCCUCGAAUUUAUGUGCCAAAACCUGCAGAUUCUGGAACUGGUACCUCUCAGGAGAAUCAUCAAAUAUUAUGCUGUGCAUAUAAUGCUAACGGAACGGUCUUUGUGACUGGUAGCUCUGAUACUUUUGCCAGGGUUUGGAAUGCUCCCAAGUUUUGCGCGGAUGAACCACAACAACCAUAUAAUGAGAUUGAUCUGUUGGCUGGACAUGAGAAUGACGUUAACUAUGUGCAAUUUAGUGGUUGUGCUAUUAUAGCGAGAUCAGUCACUAGUGAUACUGUGAAGGAUGACCACUCACUAAAAUUCAAAAAUUUGUGGUUUAGUCAUGAUAAUAUAGUAACAUGUUCUCGUGACGGAAGUGCAAUCAUUUGGGUACCCAGGUCGCGUAGAUCACAUGGAAAAGUCGGACGUUGGACUAAGGCGUAUCAUCUUAAGGUGCCUCCUCCACCGUUACCCCCUCAACCACCCCGUGGGGGACCACGCCGGAGAAUUCUUCCAACUCCACGCGGUGUGAAUAUGAUUGUAUGGAGUCUUGAUAAUCGUUUCGUGCUUGCUGCUAUUAUGGAUUGCAGAAUAUGCGUAUGGAAUGCUGCAGAUGGGAGCUUAGUGCAUUGUUUGACUGGUCACACGGAAUCUACAUAUGUUUUAGAUGUGCACCCAUUUAAUCCUCGGAUAGCUAUGAGUGCUGGUUAUGAUGGAAAGACCAUAAUAUGGGAUAUAUGGGAAGGGACCCCGGUUCGAGUAUUUGAAAUUGGACGUGGUAAACUGGUUGACGGAAAAUUCUCAUCGGAUGGAACAUCAAUUGUACUCUCAGAUGAUAUUGGUCAAAUAUACCUACUAAACACUGGCCAAGGGGAAUCUCACAAUGAUGCCAAGUAUGACCAGUUCUUCUUGGGAGAUUAUCGCCCUCUUAUACGGGAUACUCUCGGAAAUGUUAUUGACCAGGAGUCACAGUUGAACCCGUACCAAAGAAAUAUUGUGGACCCUCUUUGUGAUUCAAGCAUGAUUCCAUAUCCUGAACCUUAUCAAAGUAUGUACCAACGCCGGCGUCUUGGAGCACUGGGUGUGGAGUGGCGUCCAUCCAAUGUAAAAUUUGCUGUUGGCCCGGAUUUCAGCUUAGGUGAAGAUUAUCAAAUUGUGCCCUUGCCAGACCCAGAAGCAAUUAUUGAUAUUCCAGAACUAUUGGAUGCUACUUUAUGGGAACCAGAACAUGAAGCUAGGAGUGAUGAUUCAGAUUCAGAAUAUGAUGUGGCAGAAGAGUGUUCCAGUGCCAAAGAGAAGGAAAGUUUAGGUACCAGCUCGUUUGAUGAUACGGACUCUGAUGCUGAGAACUUUGACUAUAAACAAAAGCAGAAAGAUGGCCUUCGUAGAUCCAAAAGAAAGAAUGAGAGAAUUGAAGUCGGGUUUACUGCUUCUGGAAGACGUAUUAGGAGGAAGAGAGUGGAAGAUUGCAACGAAACCUCUUCCCAGAGCAAUAAGAGUAAGAGAUUAAGAAGUCGUAAGGCUUCAAAAACUAAGCCUUUUAAAGCUAAAUUAUCCAGACCUCAAAGAGCUGCAGCUAGGAACGCAUUGAAUGUGUUCUCUACGUCUUCAUUUGGUGAUGAAGAUGGUGGUUCUGAAGACGAUUCAUCAGAUAGUGAGUCAUUUUCUCAAGAUUCUGUAAUUCAAGAUGACGAGCCUUAUCUGGAUUUUCAUAACACGCUGGAUCGAGGUGUAGAAAAAGCUUUCUUUGAAGAUUCUUCAACUGUGAUGGAUCCAAUUGAGCCCUCUGAACAUCAGCCAGCUAUUGGAAAUAAAAAGAAAUUGGUGCUUAAAUUAUGUUUUCGUGAUACGAAAAAAUCUUUUCCUGAAAAUGACAGCAAAAUACACGUGGGAUCUUCAUCUGAUCUGCCUCAAGUAGAGGAAGAUGAAAAGGCCAGAUCAAAUAAUGAGGAUGUUGAUUUACAUCCUCCUGUUGCAACUAACGAAAAGCCAAUUCAAAGUGCAAACAGAGUAAAAAUUAGGUGUAAAGGAUGGUCUGAAAAUCAUACGAGUUCGUCUACGGGUGUUAACGACGUCUUCACUCCUGAUAGGGUGAGUGCAGAUUGUGACAUCCUAAUGGAAGGUUCUCGCCAUGAAAGACUUGAAAGAGGAUCCGAAGGGGAUGGUGGCAUCUGUAAUGAUAAAUCUUAUGAGUUGAAAGAUCAUGCACAGCCCAUACCUACAAGGAUCAAAAUAAAAUCAAGUGGAAGCUUGAAGCAAGAGAAAACACCUAAACUAAAAUUGGUCACUGGUAAAAAAAAGCUUCUUGCUGCUGAAGGUUCUUCGGUGCCAAACACCAUUAGUCAUGAUAGUGGUGUGGAUGAAAGUAAUUACAAUACAGGCCACUAUGGACAUUAUUUAGGCGCUGAUUUUCCUGAUGCAGAAACUGAUAUGGUACGCAGAACUAGGUCUAUUGAGAUAAAGGCAAGCACAUGCAAGGAUGGACAAGUAAACCAUAAAUUGAAGUUGUCAAAGUUUGACAGAUUAGCGGGGACAUCAAAGAGCUCUGAGGAUUCGUCCAGAGAUUACAUGUCCAGAUCUUCUAGGAGGCAAGAUAUCUUUGAUGAAGAUGAUCAGGAACCUCCAAGCACAAGUCAGUCUAAUGGUUCUAUUGGGAAGAUCUCGUGGCUGAUGUUGUCCGAGCAUGAACCAGGCUACCGUUAUAUUCCUCAGCUUGGAGAUGAAGUAGUAUACUUGAGACAGGGCCAUCAAGAAUAUAUCGAGAACUAUAACCCAUCUGACAGGGGUCCCUGGGUAACAAUGAAGGGAUGGAUUAAUGAUGUUGAGACCUGCCUGGUUGAAGGGCUUGAUUACUCCCACGUUCCUGGCUCUGGAGAGAGCUGUUGCAAGCUGAUAUUAAAGUUCAUAGAUAGUUCUUCAUCUGUGUGUGGAAAAUCCUUUAAGUUAACUCUUCCAGAGCUGCUUCAAACCCCUGAUUUUCUGGUUGAGAAAACAUGGUAUGACUUUUCUGUUAGUAGACAUUGGAGUCCUGGAGAUACGUGCUCGGUAUGGUGGAGGCAUGGAGUUGAAGAAGGCGGUAGCUGGUGGGAAGGUCGGAUAAUUUCUGUUGAACCAAAAUCUAUGGACUUUCCCGAUAGUCCGUGGGAUAGAUAUGCCAUUCUGUAUCAGGGUGAUCCUACUCCUCAGUUGCAUAGUCCAUGGGAAUUGCACGAUUCCAAUUACCGGUGGGAGCCGCCACAUAUGAAUUUUGAUACAAGAAACAAGUUACUUGAUAUUCUUUCAAAAUUAGAGAGAAAAAAGCAGGACUAUGGUAUGCUUAAUUUGGAGCAGGUCUCUCAAAGGCCGGAUUUCCUAAAUCGGUUUCCUGUGCCGUUAUCUCCAAGUGUGGUUCGGUCAAGGCUGACAAAUAACUAUUACCGGAGUGUGAAAGCAGUAAAACAUGAUAUCGACAUCAUGAUGUCCAACGCUACGUCAUAUUUUGUGAGAAACUUAGAACAAUCGAAGAAGAUGCAACGCAUGGCCGACUACUUCGAAAGAACAUUAUCAAAUUUGUGAUCCAUAGCAUUUCCUUUUUAUGUGACUUAGAAUUAACCCUCCACACUCCACAGUCCACACCACAAUUUAAUACAAAGGUCCCCCCGAUGUUUUUGCUUAUACGAGGCACAAGGGAUGUACAAACUACAAACCAUGCACUUAUAUUUGAUGUAUGUCCAUUAAUUUUCUUUUCAUCUAUUAAUCAAUUGUACCCGGGAUCACAUACA